GUCAGAAGACUGUUCCAUGUUUCAGGAGUAUACUCUACACCAUGGACCGGAGCUUCUGGCCCAGGCUGUUGAGGAUAGCGAGGAUUUGUUGAUAGCGAAACUGGACGAAGAAGCGAGAAGCCGGGCCCUACUACGCCAGGUUCUUGCUCGGGGGCUCGAGACAAUCCUAGAGAGUUGGGACCCACCUCGAGCGUCGUCGCCGAACGUAUCAACAGGGUCGAGUAGUCGCCAAAAUAUCGGCAGCUCGGACAGUAAUCUUGAUAACUCGGGAAUCGCCGGUGGCCCAACUCCAGCUGGUUCUUCUGCAGACAGCGGCUUGGGGUCAAUAAAUCACCCGUCUGGCAGAUCAUCACCAGACGACCCUCAUCCUGGAGAGGGAGUGUUCAAGGCCCAUCCUAGCACAUCCGGUGGUCAACGUUCCAACAACGCCGGGGAGCCCCUACUAGAAACCGUAGCUGGAUCCUCUCGGAACAAUCAACCUAGCGACCGGCGGGGAACUUUCGACCCUCCAAGCUCCAGCGGUCCGGGGAUGGGGGAAGGGCAGGACCUGGGAUCUUUCCUAUCUUCUGACUUUAACGACUUGGCCUUUUACGAUUUUGAUCCACAACGAUAUGGAGGAUGACUGAACACAAGGGAGGCAUUUAAAGCCCCGAAAGAGCUUGGAGGCUGCAGUCAAUAUAUAUAUACAUAGCUCGUUUCCUGUAUCAUAUACUAUACCUCCUAACCACUCUUCAGUAUGCCUCUAAGCAUUGCAG